AUGAAGUUUUUGAAGAAGUUUUGCCGAACCGGAAAAAAAACUGUAAAGGUGGGACAGCAAGCCGUUGUGGCCAGAAAAACAGCGGAGAAAGCAGCUCUGAGCGAUCUGGAGUUCAAGGUCAGCCCCGCGCGACUGCAGUGGCGAAGUAGCAGGCGACGUGAGGCGAACAGAUUGACGGUAUGUGUAAACGAUGCCAAAAACGGGCUACCACGGGUCCUCUAUUUCUACACUUUUCUGGGUGCUCAUGGCCGCUUACUUGGUGCAACGGGGACAGUUGUGAUUAACCUGCAUCGUUUGCCUCGUCAAGGAAAUGCAGUUGCAUCUGCCCUGCUCUGUCCGCCGUUGGACUUGAUGGUGUAA